AUGUUAGUCCAAGUGGUAAGGAGUUGCCAUACGUAAAAAAUUAGUUUAGGACGAAAACCAACAACUAUGCAGUUUUGUCAUCUCUCAUACUCAACAAUGGACUGAGCCAAAGUUAUCUUGGAAUCCAGAAGAGUAUUGGAACAUAACAAGUGUAUCACUGCCACCUUCAGUUGUUUGGCUACCUAGCUUGUUUAUUUAUAACAGGUAAGAAAUAAUACUCUUCUACCCUAUCCUAUCCUACCCUACCCACUGUAUGUUUUUAGCAUCAGCACUAAAGACAUGAUGCGACCGGAAAGGUUCAACAUGAGGCUGCACGACAAUGGAAGGGUAUUCAUGAACAUCCCACAAACAGUGGUAGCAGUGUGUGACAUGGAUGUGUCGGUAUGUUAUUGAUUAUCGUAGCUUACUGCAGUCAUAGACUAUCUUAACCAUACCUCCCUAUUAAGUCCAGUCCUACCACUAGCCCGGGCCUUAACCCUAUCCUCAGUCUAAGUCUCAGACCUAAGCCGCGGCCCUAAUCCCUAACUAAGUCUUGACCCUAAUAAUGACCUUUUGCUAACAUUUUUCCAGCUAUUUCCAUUCGACACUCAAUACUGUCCAAUCUCCCAUACGUCGCCACUUCUGACGGUCGAAGAACAGGUCGUGACAGUACGCCAAACACCCGAAAAAGCCGACUUUAAAGGAAACCCGGAAUACGAUGUUAUCAACGUCACCACAUUUGCCUAUAAUAUUUCGGAAAAUGGCGAAACAAGAAUGAGCUAUGUGUUUGUGUUUCAGUUGAAACGACGACCUUUGUAUUACAUUAUUGUCAUUGUUAUACCGACGUUCUUGAUUAGCGCGUUAAGCAUUUUUGGCAUCUUUUGUAGCGAAAAUGUGGCACAGUCUAGGACUGAAAAGGUAAAAAGAUUGUUUGUUGUUUUGUACUAGGUUGUUCAAAAAGUAAUGAACCACUAAGCUUCAUAACACAAAAAUUUUAAAAAUAAAACAAAAAAUGUCAACCAUCGUAUAACUUGUCACUGGCAACCUGCAGAACAUCGAAAUUGAUGACUUAGAAGAAAUGGCAACAACUUUCUUUACAAGACAAAAAAUGGCAAGACCUUUCAUUACAGACAAAAAACGCAAAAACUUUUAAAAAAAGAAUUCAGAUAUCGACCGGUCUAGCCUCUCUACUCUCCCUAAUAGUACUACUGGGUGUAAUAUCAUCCGAAAUGCCUAGAACCGAAAAGUUCCCUUUGCUUGGAAUGUACAUUUUAUCAGUACUAUUUGUCAUUUCAUUGGCUAUAGUCGUAUCUUUCAUCGAACAUACGAUCCACGCCAGAUUUAUCGAGAAAAACGUUUUUCCGUCGUUGAACUUGUACAAGAUAUUACUAUUGACACCGUGCAAGGAUGUGAAGGAGAAAAUUAAAAGCAAUGGAAAAUGUGUACAAAAUGAUUCAAAAUUGGCAGCAAUGAUUGAUAGUACUAUUCGAAAGAACUCAACUGACAGUUUGGAUAAAAGCAACUUGGAACAGUAA